AUUUAUUGUUCUUUUUGGCCUAUAUCUGAAUGCAAUUUAAAAGCAUUUAAUACGCCCUGUUAUUGCAAACGUAAUUUUUUAUAAGUCAGCUACUAUUUAAAAGUUCAUUGUGCUUACUUAGUCGUUUUGUGUGUGGGUGCGCCAAAGGAAAAAACAAGGAGGAGCUACAUAGUCGAAAUUAAUACACAAAGCAACAAAGAAGUUAAUGUGCAUUGGCAGCGACUCCAACGAAACAAGUUUGUGUAGUUAAGCAUUGGCAAAAGAUUCUAAACCAAGGCAGCAACAACAGUAUCGACACAACGGCCCAGCGAACGUAUCAACUUAAGAUCCAGCUCCAGAGUCAAAAUGACGGAAUACAAACUUGUUGUCGUAGGUGCCGGUGGCGUUGGUAAAUCGGCACUCACUAUACAACUCAUUCAAAAUCAUUUCGUCGACGAGUACGAUCCCACGAUCGAGGACUCAUAUCGAAAGCAAGUGGUUAUUGAUGGCGAAACCUGCCUACUGGACAUUUUGGAUACCGCCGGUCAAGAAGAAUAUUCUGCUAUGCGUGAUCAAUACAUGCGGACCGGUGAGGGUUUUCUACUUGUAUUCGCUGUUAACAGUGCGAAAUCAUUCGAAGAUAUUGGCACAUAUCGUGAACAAAUCAAGCGUGUCAAGGAUGCCGAGGAAGUGCCAAUGGUGCUUGUGGGCAAUAAAUGUGAUUUGACCUCGUGGAACGUACAAAACGAACAAGCAAGAGAGGUGGCCAAACAAUAUGGCAUUCCAUACAUAGAAACAUCCGCAAAAACGCGCAUGGGCGUUGAUGAUGCAUUUUACACAUUGGUGCGCGAAAUACGUAAGGAUAAGGAUAACAAAGGGCGGAAAGGACGUAAACUCAAUAAGCCGAAUCGUAGAUUUAAAUGUAAUAUGCUCUAAGUGGUCUCUGUCGGAAUUUUAUGUUUUUCAAAAAUCGUUUGUCUGUGUGUGUUCAGUUUUCGGGUGCGCUAGACUUGUCAUUUAUCUAGUUUCAUGUGGCUCUUGUAACUCCCUUUUCAUUUGUUUUCUUUCAUUUUGUGUUUCUGCCGCGGAAAAGAACCACACACACGUGCAUUAGAUGGUGCAAUUUUCAGAAUAACAAGAAAAGAGAGAAAAAUUGUAAUUAAUUUAUGAAACAAAAGCUUAUGUCAAAUACUUUUUGUGCAAGUGUGUUGUUUGAGAAAAGUAUUAACUGAAAAAGAAAUCUAAAAACGAUAACUUAGAAUAUUGUCUUAACGAAAAAUACUGAAAUACUGUUUUAACUGCCUAAGUUCAGAUGUUUUUCAUCAAACAUUGCGAGAGAUUCCCAUAGAGAACGAGAAACAAAACCCACAAAAUUCUUUAGACUUUUCGCACAAAACAAAAGCAUAAAUAAAACCUUUGGUUUACCCUUUCAUUCUGA